GUCUCGGGCUUUCAGACGUAAAAGGGCAACAACACAUGUUGAAUCUAGAUCGCGCUGAAUCUGAAGUAGAGGGUACAGGGAGUAAACAGAUUACUAGAAGAAUGCCUAAUAUCAAGGUAUUUGCUGGUACAUCUCAUCCUGAUUUAGGACAAAAAAUAUGCGCCCGACUUGGUCUUGAACCUGCGAAAGUCGUUACGAAAAAAUUCAGCAAUGGCGAAUGUUGUGUUGAAAUUGGAGAGUCUGUGAGAGGGGAAGAUGUUUUCAUCGUUCAGAGUGGCUGUAAGGAGGUGAAUGACAUGUUGAUGGAGCUCCUCAUCAUGAUCAACGCCUGCAAGAUUGCAUCAGCCAGCAGAGUCACAGCUGUCAUUCCAUGCUUUCCUUAUGCCAGACAGGAUAAGAAAGACAAGAGCAGAGCACCCAUCUCAGCAAAAUUAGUUGCAAAUAUGUUGUCAACAGCUGGUGCAGACCAUAUCAUCACAAUGGACUUGCACGCAUCACAAAUUCAGGGUUUCUUUGACAUCCCUGUAGAUAACUUAUAUGCUGAGCCAGCAGUUUUGAAAUGGAUAAAAGAAAACAUUGUUGACUGGCGUAACUGUACUAUUGUGUCUCCUGAUGCUGGCGGUGCUAAAAGGGUAACAGCCAUUGCUGAUCGUCUCAAUGUUGAUUUUGCUCUGAUUCACAAAGAAAGAAAGAAGGCAAAUGAGGUUGCAGCUAUGGUUCUUGUCGGCGAUGUCAAGGAUAAAAUAGCCAUUUUAGUUGAUGAUAUGGCAGACACUUGUGGCACCAUAUGCCAUGCUGCAGAAAAGUUAUUAGAAGCAGGGGCACUGAAAGUUUACGCCAUCUGCACACACGGAAUCUUCUCCGGCCCCGCCAUAUCUCGCAUCAACAACUCCAUGUUUGAAGCUGUGGUCGUCACAAACACAAUUCCACAAGACCAGCGUAUGAAGGACGCCCCCAAAAUACAGCUGAUGGACAUUUCCAUUAUACUGGCUGAGGCAGUCCGGAGGACACACAAUGGAGAAUCUGUGUCAUACUUGUUUGCUCACGUGCCCAUGUGAUCCACUGUGACCUGUGGUCAUGUGAUCCACUGCGACCCGUGGUCAUGUGAUCAAAGACCUGUUGUUAGCCACUGUACCCCGUGUUGCACGUGGACAUUUAUUUCAAGCAGAAACGUGUUACAUUGAUAAAAUGGUUACUUACUCAAAAAUUAAUUUUUAUUGAUAUAUCUUGCUAAGUAAAUGCAUACAUGGAUAUUUUUUUGUUUUGUAAAGUAUAAAUCUAAUCAUUAACAGUAUUUUUUUUAAAAAUUUAGUUUUUUAAGGACAAGAGUGAAAGAAAUAAAAUGUUGGUUAGAUGUGGGCCAUAAAUUAAGCACAGCUUCUGAUGUAUAAUUUCAUGAGAAAGACAUUUUUUUAGAAAUGUGCUCUAGUAUACUUUUUUAAUUUUUUAAAACCUUCAUUAAAUUAUUGUCUUGGGGAAAGGAUGUGGAAGUUUGGCAAUGAUAGUUUUUUUUAAGUAACGGUGUGAGAUUGCUUAAAAAAUAGAUAAAACAUAAAAUUCUUGUCCGAAGAAAACUUCCUAAUUUUUUUUUCCUGGUCUGGUCACAUCCCUGUAUUUUGACAAGUGGAAAGGUUAAAAAAAUUAGCUAAUAAUAUCAUUCAUCAACAACACCAUUGGAUAUGUUUUGUUCCCCAGUUUGCUGUUGAAUUUGUUUACAAAAUGAGCUACAUAUACUUUCUUUCACAUUCAGGGUCUCACUGUUUCACACUAAUUUUUACACAUAAAUGGUCACACAUUAUCUUUCUUCAGUUAAUUUUUUAACAUCUGUCAACAAUUCCCACUUUGUUAAAAGCUCAAAACAUUUUAAAUGACUGUUAGCUGUGUGAGAAGUUCAGGGAACAAGACAACUUGUGGUGGAUUUUUUUUCCCUUACCAUAUCAGGCCUGUGAUGGUGAUCAGGUGACUUGGUCUUAUUGAUCCAGUAUUUACUACAAAUAUGCAUUUAAUAUUUGCCGUGUAUCCGGUGGACCUUUCUUGCUUUGAAAUAUGUUGUGCAAUUAGUUUACUUAUCUAUAUGGCCCUAUUAAUCUAAUUACACAUUUUUUGGAAAAAAAAAAAUUUUUUUUUUUCGUUUUUGCAUUUUAUUGUCAUGUUGAGUUUUUGAGAUAAAGCCUUUAUAAUAGUUAACUCAGUAGCCAUUAUCUGAUUUAGGAUUUUGGGCAAUUUAUUUACAUCUGGCCCAAUACAUUUUACAGCUAUACACAAUUUAAUUGUCUAGUUUUUCAUAGCAUAUUGUCAUCACAUAAAGUUUUUGAGAGACACUUGUUUUAAUACACUAGAUCUAUAUCUGAAUUUUGAUUUUGGGAUGAUAUUUUUUUUCUUUUACAAUACUUGAAACGUAACAUGUUUCUUUUCUUGGUUUAGUUAAAAAAAAGUUUUUAAACAGUUUUAGUUUCACUUUAAUUUUAUUUGUAUAGAUCUGCGACAGCUGUUUUCUUUCCCCUCACCCCCAAUGUUAUUUUUUUUUUAGUCUCACACAUUUCCCUGUCACUAUAAAGUUAUGUUCCCACCCACUUUGGGUUCGGUCCUUUUGGACCCUUGUCAUGUUCUCAAGAUAAAAUCCAGAUAUUCAUUUUGUGGUUUUUUAGUUAUUUGUAUUUAUGCAUUAACCCAUGCACACAAUCAUUAGAGCAUCAUUCUAAAUUGUUAAAAACAAUUUUUUUUUGUUGAAACCAUAUUUUUUAUAGUCUACAAUAAAAAUAUUUAUGGUGACUGUUGGUUAAGUUAUAAAUGAGUUUAAACGUUAAAAAUAAACUUACAUGGCUUAGCAAUUGUUUGGUGAUCAAAUACUUUGUAACAUACUUUCAUUACCUAACCUUCUACUUGGAAUUCUCUAGAAUUCAUUCCAGUAUUUUUUUGUUUGGUGAUAAAUAAAUCCAUUCUUUAUCCAUAGCUUUUAAGAGUUAACCUGAUUAAAAACCUAUUGAUUAUUAUGUUAAUUUAGGUUUUAGUCCAAAGAAAAUACAUCCAAUGUCAUUUUAUGUUUAGCUUUUAUGCAGUUUUUCUGUGUGAUUGAUUUCUAUAAUUCUUAGAUUAAUGGUAACAUUGUGCACUAUUUCAUCACGCGCAAAAUUUUCUUCUCAAUUUAACAUCAGCAUAAUCAUAAGUUUUGGACUGUCUUCAGAGAGAUGGGUCUAUCAAUACUGCCUUUAUUUCCUAUACAGUAUUCUUUAUUUUCAACAGCUGCUGUAUUGAGUUUACAAAUUUUGUGUGCCAUUAUAUUUAAGAAGUUGUUGAAGCUAAUUUGUUUUUAUGCUAAAACCGUCAUAAGCAAUUUGUUUAAUCCAUGUUUUGUAUUGUUGCAUUUUUCAAAGUGUAGUAAUUGCUGAUUUUUUUCUUUUUCUGUAUGAACAGAAUUUUCAUCAUGAUCUUACUGCAAUCAUUAUGAAAAAAUAAUUAUAGCUCACUGAUUUAUGAUUCAGUACAAUCGUUAGUUCUCCUCUAUUGUAUAGCAAUACCAAACAUAAUCUUUAUUAGUUUUUAGUUGUCCCUCUAGUUGAUGUAACCAGUUUGUGUUAUACCUUUCUGCACUAACCUGUAAGAUUUUUUCUGUAAUCCUCAUGUAUAAAAUGUAAUCUUUCACCUGAUUUUAAAAAUAACAGGAGUAUAAAUGAGUGAUGAAUACAUUGCACAGACCUUCUGGCUUGAGGACUAUUUUCAGCAUGAUUUAGUUGCUUUCAUCAGUGUGUAGAAGUGACUUUUUUAGUAUUAUUUAAUAAGUAAUUUUUUUUUUUGAAAAAAAAAACUUACUUGAAAUAAAUAAACUUUUUUUUAUCUACAUAAUUUCCAGAAUCUUUGUUAAUAUUAAAGAAUUUUUUUUUAUAAAAUACACAUUUAAAAAAUAAACAGUUUGUCUUCAAUGGGUGCAAGAGGAG